UGGACUCGGAGCUAACUUCUGAAUACAAACAGGAAGAGAUUGUAAAAUACAAAAUAUCCGAGGGGCAAAAAUCGAAAGUUGAACAGAAACUGCCUGUUCAGACAUAUGAAAGAUAUGGUGUCAGAGUUUCAGAAGCCUUUCCCAUGCUUACUACUUCGCCUCUCUCUCUCUCUCUCUACACAAAAAUAAGUAGGCCAAAAAAUACUGAUUAUAGAAAAUUUCUUAUCCCCUCCCUUGAAAAUGCAAGAUAUUCAUGACUACUCGAUGACCGGAGGAGGAAGUACAGGGAGGUUUUACGGUGGCGGAGGAGGCGGAGAUCGGAGGAUGAGAGCGCAUCAGAACAAUAUACUUAACCAUCACCAAUCUCUCAAGUGUCCUCGUUGCAACUCUCUUAACACAAAGUUCUGUUACUACAACAACUACAAUCUCUCUCAGCCUCGACACUUCUGCAAGAACUGCCGUCGUUACUGGACCAAAGGCGGCGUCCUCCGUAACGUCCCCGUCGGAGGCGGUUGCCGGAAAGCCAAACGUUCAAAGUCUAAGCAGGAGCAGCCUCCGUCCUCCUCCGCCGACAAAACAACGACUCAAGACGUCGAGGAGAAAUCCACUAGCAGCGAGAGCUCUUCUCUUACCGCCUCUAACACCACUGUCCCCACCGCCGUCACCACAACCACCACCGCUACCGCCGCCGCCGUGAAGGUUGCACCUUCGGGGUUUGUAGACACCGACAAGCCUAAUCUUAAACUGUACGGAAACGGGACAGAAUGGUCGGGGUUGCUCGGGCAAGGUUCAUCAGACGGUGGAGCUUCCUCGGAGGUAGGCGGUUUUGCGGUGGCGGCGAUAGGACCGACGUCGUUUGGAUACGGGGGUAGUUCAGUAAAUCAACUGUGUAUAGCUGAUCAUCUGAAGUUGGAAGGUAAUACUGUACAUCAGCAGUUUGGAGAUCCAACGGCUCAGAUUAAUCCGGAUAUGGGAUAUGAACCGCUGGAUUGGGGAAGUGGGGGAGGAGAUCAAACACUAUUUGAUCUAACGAGUACCGUUGAUCAUGCAUACUGGAGUCGAAGUCAAUGGAGGUCUUCUAACCACCAAGAUGAUCGGAAUGGUCUCUACCUUCCUUAAAACAUCUCAUAGCUUCUUUUUAACCCAAAAUAUACAGAUAUAAGUGGAACUGGGUCGAUAGUCCUUAAACCCCAUAUAGGGAAACGCCUCAUUCUUGGAGGCAUGAUGACGCCAAGGCACGGCCACUACCAUGAUCUUCUCGGCAUGUCUUAUUAUAUUAUCCAGUUUUAAUUAGAGUCGAAUAAAAACAACUAUAUAUUCCACAUCACUACGCGACUUACCUUCAUAGUAUUAAAUAUUAAUUCAUUUAUACUAAAUAAUUAAUUAAAAAAUUGCUCGAACUAUCAAUCUUAGGUUUGGAUAAUUUUUUCUUCAGUGGCGAACAGAAAGAUUUGGGGAAUUGUAAGGAAGAAGAACGAGAGAGCCGUGCCGUCGCGUGGUUAAAGCCACUAAACUACGAGUGACUGCGCAUGGGACCUACGUGUUAGUGUCUAAUCUCAUGCGCUACUUGCACUCCACGUGGCUAAAAUCAGGUCCCACUUCACGUGUCUUAAUGUUGAUGGCUGUGACAUACUUUAGUCAGUGGUCGGUUUGUCGUUUUCUGACUUUUCUCCAACACCCAAUCGUUGCUCGUAGAAGAAAGACUUCAAAGAUCUAGAGAACGGAUCUUCUGUGUUUAAGUUAAGAACACAUUAAAGUGUGUAUACGCCGUGUGAUCUGAAUAGUGUCAGCGCAAAUCAAUGGUGAUGUUGAUGAGGGGUCCAUAUUAGGUAUGUAGGGAAACACUUGAGAGAGAGUAGGUCCAGUAUAAGGCAUGUGCAUAAGCUGAUAGAAUCUCGUAUAAAUCAGUAAAUCACAGGGAAGGUUUGGUUGGGUGGUUAGCAGAGUUUGAGAUCGUCUGUGUUAGGUCUGGGCGUAUUUACCCCAAUCCGAACCCGAAAUACCUAUCUAAAAUAGAACUGACAAAGUCGAAACUGGAUCCGAACCACUAUAUAAAAAUAUCUGAAUAGAACUUAUGAGCUUAGUAUUUUAGAGUAUAGGUAUAACUCAAACCGAACCGAAAUCCAAACUAGGAACCCAAGUUAUCCGAAAUUAGUUAAGUAUGUUAAUGUUUUUAUAUAUAUUAAGAUAAUUUAGACAUUAUAAUAUUCUAAAGAUUUUUGUAAU